AUGGGCAGAAGAAAGAUUGAUAUACUUCCAAUAACAGAAGAAAGGAAUAGAACGGUUACCUUUAUUAAACGUAAAGCUGGCUUAUUUAAAAAAGCACAUGAAUUAAGUGUACUUUGCCAAGUUGAUGUUGCAGUUUUAAUUUUGGGUUCAAACAAUACUUUUUAUGAAUAUUCUUCAGUGGAUUUAAAUGAUCUAAUUAGACAUUACCAGACUGAUAAUAAUAUAGAUCAUGAUUACAAAGAUCCUAGUUAUUAUGGUGCCGAGUUUACAAAAAAGCCCUAUGUAGAAAUUAAUACAAAUACAAAUAAAAGAAGAAGAAAUCAUACUAGUACCAACAACUCUGUUAUUAUAGAUGAAGAUCAUAUUAAUAGUAACAACAACAUAACAGAUGAUGUCGAUAAUAAAAGUACAGGGCAUAAAAGAUCAAAAAGUGAAAAUGAACUAAACAAAAUUGGUGGCAAUAAACUCAGGAAAAAGAAAAAUUCAUUUACUCAAAUGAAUACUAACGUUAAUUUAAUAAGAAACGAAGAAAUGCAUUCACAGGAAGAAGGGAAUAUCGGUAAACCAAAGAAAAAUGUUGCCACUUCUAAUGCCACAGUCAAAUCAACACGGAAUCACAAAAAAGCAAAUAGCAUAUCUACAGUCAAGACACCUUUAUCUGCUUCUGCCAGCACUGUUAAAUUUAAUGCUUCUCAUUUUACAAAUCCUUUACAAACUCAAGUACAAAAACAAUUUCAAUUUUUUGCCAAUAAUAUUCAAAACCAACAAUCUAAUGUACGACAAUUAUCAAGUCCAUCCGUGUCAAGCCCAUCAAAUUUAAACUUUAAAAGUACAGCGAACGAUGCCACUAAAUCUGCUACAAAACCAUUUUACUUUCCUCCUUUAUCCAAAAUUUCUAAAAGAAACUCUGAUAGAGAUUUAUUAUCAAAUAAUAUAAAUGAUCCCAUUCAAAUGAGAUCAAGUUCAACAAACAAUCUAACACAUAUGCAUAAUACUAAUAUUAAAACAUAUAGUACUACUAAUAAUGGUAAUGUUAACAGUAGCAGUAACAAAAACAAUAAUAUUAAUGACACUAAUACUACUAAUACCAAUACCAAUACCAAUACCAAUACCAAUACCAAUACCAAUACCAAUACCAAUAAUACCAACAAUACCAACAACAAUAAUAAUAAUAAUAGUAAUAAUAAUAAUAAUAAUAAUAAUAAUAAUAAUAAUAAUAAUAAUAAUGAUCAUAAUCAUAAUGAUAAUAAUAAUGAUAAUGAUAAUAAUAAUAAUGAUAAUAAUAAUAAUAAUGAUAAUGACAAUAAUAAAAAUAAUAACAGUAAUAAAAAUAACAACAACAAUAGACAUUCUUCUCUGAAUCGUCCGAUACUACGGGUGGAAAUUCCAAAAACAGGUCACGAUUUAGGUUCUAACUCCACACCAGGUACACCAGUAGCUAGCGGUACAAAUUGUGCUGGCUCCAAUAAUUUUCAAAAUAAUACUAUUAAUACUACAAAUGUAAGGACUGUAAAUAAUAGUACAAAUAAUAGUAAUAGUGUAAAUAACAAUACUGGUAAUAAUGCUAUUGGGCACAACGACAAACCAAAUGCUGCUAUGGAUCCGAAUGACUCCCUUUCACUAAAAUUUCAAUCACUACGCCCUCCCAAUGAAGGUGAUGGUAAUAAUAUCAAUAAUAAUAAAACGCCCAUGUCUGCAUUUCCAAGCCCUUUAAUAAUAGAAAAAAACAAAUAUCCAUUACCUCUGAACAAUUCAAAUUUGACGUCAGCUGUGAGUGUUUCUAAUUUUAUGCCACAGUCUCAGUUUGGCCAACAAUUUUAUCAAUCAUCUAAUAUUAAUACUACUGCCAAUAAUCAUAACAACAACAACAUUAACCACAGCAAUAACAGCAAUGGCAUAGGCAACGCAAAUGGAAAUUUGAACUCUGCUAUGGCUACAUCUCCAACCAUUCAACAGUAUUUUGCUACUCCUUUACAACCUACACCAUUGAUAGGCAGUAUUUUCCAACAGCAGCAAGCCCCUUUUCAACCAAGUCGAAAUAAUAAUAAUACUUCAUCUGUACAAAACAUAGGAAACAAAUCUCAAAAUUCUACGAUUUAUCAGCAUGGACAACAAUCACUGAAUAACAUAAACAGUUAUUUUUCACAACAAAAAGUGAACUACAAUAGUGGCCUUGAUACCAAUACUUCCAACACCAAUGAUGAUACACAUAUUUAUGGUAAUAGAGAUAACAGAAGCAACAACAAUAACGGAAACACCAAUGUAGAUAACAUCGGAGUAAACUUAGAAAGAUACCCCUCUAUUACUCCAAGAAAAUACGUUAAUCCAAAUGUGUCCGGCAAUGAAUUAUCCGUAUUUUCACCUAAUAUUAGUUACAUGUUUCAUGACUGGUCAGCAGCUAACGCCAAUAGUAACAAUCCAAACAACAAUAGUAACAAAAUUCUCCCUGUAAUUAGUGAUAAUAUUGACCCCGACAAUAUCGAUGCUACUACUUCUAAUACUGAUAAAAUCGAGACGGUGGAAAAAAGUGAUAACAACCCUACCGCAUUUUUGAACAAUGGUUCGGUAACACCAACAUCAACAAUGCCAGGACGAUUAGUAAAUACUUUUCAUUCAAGCAUGUUUUCCUCACCUAAUAUUUUAAAAGUUGAUACUAAGAUUCAAGAUACUGAUGUAAAUGAUGAGGGACCAGAUAGUGCCAAGCAUGAUGGAACUCACACUAGGAUGGGCUUUAAUGCAGGGCCUAACAAAAACAGACAAUAA